GCAUGAACCAAAUCCCUCCAAGAUCCGAUUUCUUACCUAUUUUAAUUAAGCGUCACCUAGAGCACAGCAAGAACUCAGUAUUGUUUUCAAAAACCCUAACAAAAUCUCCCACUUCUUGUAAGCCGUCUCAGCUCUUCGUGGCUCCUAAAUCGGAAUCUCUAACUGCAAGUCAAAAGAAAUUUGCUCGACUACAAUCUUCCGAGUCUCGUUGCUUCUCCACUUGUCGUCGGGCUAAGGGAAAUUAGGAGUUCUGAAGGAAAAAAAAAGUUCUUUCAUUACUGUGGGGAAGAACAGUUGGAGAAGCAGGAAGAUACGGAAGCUGAUAAAGUGUUGUUUCGGUGAUGCCAGAUAUGGGCAGAAACCUCAGCCCAUUGGUUCAGGAGGAGUUGGAGAAACUUGAGAAGGAUGCUGAGAGCCGAAGGCUAGCCAUGAAAGCCCUCAAGUCAUAUGCUACAAACAUAGAUACUAAGGCGAUUCCACAAUUCCUUGCCCAAGUUUCAGAAACUAGCAACCAAGGCUCGCCAUCUGGAGAAUGCACAAUAUCGCUCUUUGAGGUUCUUGCCCGUGUCCAUGGACGCAACAUUGUUCCACAUAUUGGCAGCAUCAUGAAUACCAUCAUUCGAACCCUCUCAACAAGUGCUGGAUCCUUUCCCCUUCAUCAGGCAUGCUCUAGAGUUGUUCCUGCUAUUGCGCGCUAUGGAAUUGAUCCUUCGACUCCUGAUGAUGAGAAGAAUAAGAUCAUUCAAUCCCUGACUAUGCCUCUAAGCAAUGCUUUGAUGAGCCCACAUGAGAGCCUUGCUUCAGGAUCUGCAUUGUGUCUGAAGGUUCUUGUUGAAUCAAACAACUGGAAAUUUGCUUCAGAUGAUACGGUCAAUGAUGUCUGUUUAAAAGUAGCAGGUGCUUUAGAAGAAAAGACAACUCAGACAAAUUCGCACAUGGGCUUAGCCAUGGCUUUAGCUAAGCAUAAUUCAUCAAUAGUCGAAGCAUAUGUUGGAUCUCUAAUUCGAUCUGGCCUGCACCUAUUGAGCAUAGGAACCUCAGAGAAUAAUUCUCAGAAGCGUUUUGUAGCCAUUCAGAUGAUAAAUUUUUUGAUAAAAUGCAUAGACUCACGUAGCAUUUCAUCUGAACUCUUUGAUGUAGCUGAUGCCAUGGAGAAAUGUCAAGCUGAUCCCAUGGCAUAUGUUAGGGGUGCUGCAUUUGAAGCAUUGCAAACUGCAAAGGAUGUAGCGUCACAAAAAGGGUCUAAAUUUGACUUAUCUUCCACUCCUGUCAAUCACCUCAAUUUCCAUAGAAGAAAUGAAAAGAGCCCACAAGUAGCUUUAGAUAAGCUAGGCAAAGGAUCUCAUGUUGAAUUUCCUACUCCUGAAUCACAGUCUAUUGCUUCUUCAAUAUACAAUGAAAAUUUCACCGUGUCACCAAGUUCCAUAAAGCAUACUAAUUCGAAUAGCGAGUAUAUUGGAAAGCAUGCUCAGAGGAGGCUUUGGAACAAUGAUCUUGGUGGUGUGGAUCUAUCUUUCAAGGAUAGUUUCUUACUAAAGCCAUGCCCAAGCAGCAAUUUAGCUGAAAAUGUUGAAGGCCAGCAGGCGAGGGAUGAUCAGCGCCAUCAACUGAGCAUGGCAGGUAAUCAGCAUGCCGAAUCCUUUACUGGAUUUGUGUUGAGCAACGUAGGAAACACAGAAAGUCGAGAUUCCACACCUAGUCCUCAGAGUUCACAACAUCAGCUUCUUUUGGAUGACAUAAAGAUAUAUUCAACUCCUCGAAAGCUUGUAAGAUCUCUACAGAACCAAAGCGAUGGUAAAAGGGAACUCUCUGCAAUUCUAACAAGCCCUGUUUCAUGCAAAGUGCAACAUGAACCAACAGAUGAGUCUUAUUCCCUCUAUUCUGAUAUCAGCACUGUGAGCCAGCAGAAGUUUAUUACUGAUGCCGUAGAAGUUUGUCAAAGCGUUGAAUCAGUAUCAUCAACCGUUGACCCAGCUGACGAUAAAGGUAGCGAAAUGAGUGGCUUAUCUGCUGAUACAGAACUGAAGGGAACAAGGAUAAAUGAUAUAAAUAGAACAUCCUUUCUCGUAUUUGUUGCUGGCCUUGCAAUGAUAUGCCUUGCCAUUAUAAUGUCAAUACAAAGAGAUGAUGAUGUUGAUCAGUUUUAUUAUGGUCUGGUUCCAACCUGAUAUUCUGCCGUGCGUUUAGAGACUAUCCUACUGGGAGCUGGUUGGCAUAAAGUUGUAACAAUCUAAGCUGUUUUUAGUACAGAAAUGUGGAGUUUUCUUCUUGGUAAUCUGAAUUUAUUCAUUCCGUUUCUGUUUUUA